CGGUAAAUUCUAAAAUGGCCGAUUUGUUCGGCGAUUCCGAGCUAUUUGCUGAAUUUGACAAAGAGAGGGAAACACAGAAUUCUUUCAUUCAUCCUGGAGAGCAGAAUGGCAAAGGAAGAAUAGUGUUUGCGUUAAAGGAAGGGUCAUCCUCCUCAGACAAUGAAAGUGAGGAAGGUGAUACUCAAAAACUCUCGGGAGAUGAAAGCAAAAGUGAAACUCAAAGAAGAGACGAAGUAUCGGAGGGGGCAUCUCUUUCAGCGAAAGAUAUCUUGAGUCGGUGUGCAGACGAAGAAGAAAGUGUUUCACAUAAUGAACAUUCAUCGGAAACAUCUUUUAAAAUAAAACAUGAACGGGACAAAUAUUACAGAUAUGCAAAGAUUAUUGAUUCCACAAGGUCCGUUCCCGAUGAGGACAGCCCAGCAGUACAGGUGCUCUUCCAUAAUAACUCGUUUUCCAGGAAGUACCGUCCGCAGAUAGAGCAGUUCCUGGCUGACCUGGUGGAGAGGGAGAUGUACAACUCUCGCCAUGGUGACAGGAUGCCCGAACUACCACUUCAGUCAAGUGUUCCGACCUGUGUUGAUCUCAACCCAAGACUUCCAGUAGAACUCAGAACCAACUCCAUGUGGAUGGCCCACGCGAUCAUCGGCAAUGCUCAGUUUCACCACCUCUUCCUGGUGGACACUCGGGGAUGGCCGCUGGUGGACCUCAACCCCAGCCUCACGGACGGAUGGGAAAUACCUCGAUAUGAGCAGCUUUUUGAGGAGCCCCUCCCUGUAGAGGAGGAUGGAGACAAGCCCCAGGGGAAGAAAGCAGGACGCCCCAAACCGAGCUGUUUCAACUGUGGCGGCGAACACAUGAUGUCAGACUGCCAGGAGCCCAAAGACUACAACAGGAUUAAAGCUAAACGGAGAGAAUUCAUGGACAAGAACUCACCCUCUAUGGGCCCCAAGAAAAUGAGUUUGUCGUCGAACAAGGUUGUCAAAGAUCGAUUCUCCCAGUUCAAGCCAGGUGUCAUGAGCACCGAGCUCCGCGAGGCUAUGGGGCUUGGCCCCCGUCAGCUGCCGAUGCACAUCUACCGCAUGAGGAUGCUGGGGUACCCCCCGGGCUGGCUGAAGGAGGCCGAGGUCGACUCAUCUGGCCUCAUCAUGUUCGACAAAGAUGGACGAGAGGUGAACCUGCACGGGGAGGCCCUGGAGGACGGGGAGGUGAACCAGGAGGAGGAGGAGGAGACCCCUGAAGUGAAGAUCGACACAAAGAAAAUUAUAGAGUAUCCUGGAUUCACGGUGCCAGUGCCAGAAAACAUGGUUGAUGAGUGGGAGAAGCUGAACAUGCCGCCGCUGCAGCCCCAUCAGCUGAAGAACACCCUGGAGCAGAUGGUGGAGACAACAAACACCGAGAAGAAGCGGAAGAUGGAGGAGGAUGAGGUAGAGAAGGUGAAGAAGUUCAAGAUGAGCAACCCCGAGGUGGAGAUGGAACUCAGCGACGAGGACGGGGAAGACGAUGAGGAAACCACUGGUGAUACAAAGAAAGGUCGCUCUAAUGGAGACUUUGUCCCACCACUACCCCUUGACACGCCCCCCAGCCGCCCCCCACCCCCAGACUGCACCCCACCCGUUACCCCCCUGACUUCCCGUCCACGCUACCCAACCACUCCAGCAGGCAUGACCCCUCCCCCUCUCCCUGACGACACCCCCCCGGUACCACCACCCCUGCCAGAUGGAACCCCGCCCUCAACUCCACGAAACAGCCGGGCAAGCAGCCUGAUGAGGGAGAACUCCUCACAGGGUAGCACGCCAAGGUCAGGGUCACCCUCGCUGGAAACUUUGGAGGAGCAGUACAAGGCCCUGGUGAAGCAACUCGGAGGUGACGAGGGACCAGCAGCCAAUAUGAUCGUUGUGGAUAGCUGUUCCGGGGAUGAACCCGAGUCCAGUGCGACUGAGAUGUCCGAGGUUUGUGCUGAAGAUUCACAAGAUGAGAAAAUAACCGUUAAUACGACUUUAUCACGGACCAGUUCAGCUGUUUCACUGGAAGGUAUUGACAGUCCGGGAUCCUUGAAGUCACAGGAUUCGGAGAUUCUUAGAAUGAACACGACAUUUAAAGCAACAGAGUCAAUAUCUAAGGAGUACAGUACGCCGAUCGUCCAGCGUCCAAACAGUAUCAAUUCACUUCCAGAUGCUACAAAGUUUGGAGUUGGUGUGGAAGAUCAUAUACCUUUUGAAAACUUGCCCGACUCAACGGGCACCUUUGAAAAGAUGCGCGGGCUUAUGGCACUGAUUCGUAGCAAGGUGACGAUAGGGAAGAAGAAGAAGAGGUGAUUCAACCGGGGAGUUCAAUCUGUAUCUCGGGCUGCAAUGUCAUUAUAUAAUACGAGGCCACACUUUCGUAUUUUUCAGUUUACUGAUUUGAACUUUUGACCUUCCAUAUUUCACUAUCGUAAUGGUAAUCGUAUCGUAAUUUUUUUGGCCUCACUGCUCCAUCUUGGAGUGUGUAGAAAUAUAAAUAGAUACGACUCAACAAAUGUAACAAAAAUAACUGAUAAAUGCACAAAUGGAAAAUCAAAGAAAUAUUGUUUAGAUUCCAUUUAUUUGCCUGAUUGCUUCAUCUUUGACUGGUUACAAAAAAACCAGAUUGCUACAAAUAUCUAACGAGGGCAUGUGAUUAAGUAGCAAUUAAUCAAAUGCAUUGACCACUGGAAACCUAUUUAUAAAGAACAAAGCUUUCUCUGACAGAAAUAAAUACCUCUACAUGUACUGUAAAAAUAAUUAACACUGUGCACUUAAACAGAAUCAGAUUAAAAAAUCCCCACUUAGCAAUCGACCUAAACAAUUUUUAUCCAAAGAAUGCUACGCAUGUUUUUGAUCAUUGUAGUUUUUUUGCAGAAUUAAGGAUGGUUGGCAAACAAAUCAGUAAACAAUAAAAUAAAAAAAGUGUGGUAUGGAUACAAAACAAUCUGGACACAAAGUGACAAACUGUAUUACAUCAUUGAUUGACUGGGAAGAGGACUGAAGUCAAGUGGUUCAAGAGCUGUCAUUUUGACAACGCUCAUCCAUAACAAGUUGUUUUAUAUUUUAUGCUCACAAGGAGCCUCACUUGUGCUGUCUCUACGAGACUUCCUUGGUGGGUCAUUCAGUCCUCCUGCCACCAAUGAAGUGUCCAAUAUCAUUCAUGAUGAAUUUCAGGAACAGAGGCAGCAAACAUGGAACCUUUUUAAUCAGGAAUGUGUCUCCACGGAAGAGUCCGACUUAUUAACAUUUUAUGUGUUCACUCAUUUUAUGGUUCUGAUGGAAUUUGGAAACUGAUCAUGAUGAAAAUAAUAACUCCUGUUUAAAUACUGGCGUUUUAAAAGUUUAAGCUAUUAUCUCAGUAGAAUAUGUUUGUAUUGCUGGACCGGUAGGUGAUUGGAUCAGCCCAAGAAUUGGGUGGUCAGUCCAGUGGCUGGUAAUUCCAGCAGUUGGUCCACCUUGUGGUUAGUCAAUCCAGUGGUUGGUCAGUCCAGUGUUUUGUCAGUCCAGCAGUUGGUCAAUCCUAUGGUUGGUCAGUCCAGUGGUUGCUCAAUCAAGCAGCUGGUCAAUCCAGUAGUUAGUCAAUCCAGUGGUUGGUCAAUCCAGUGGUUGGUCAGUCCUGUGGUUGGUCAAUCCUGUGGAUGGUCAUUCCAGUGGCUGGUCAUUCCAGUGGUUGGUCAAUUCUGUAGUUCCUCAGUCCAGUGGCGGGUCAAUCCAGCAGUUGGUCAAUCCUAUGGUUGGUCAGUCCAGUGGUUGGUCAAUCAAACAGCUGGUCAAUCCAGUAGUUGGUCAAUCCAGUGGUUGGUCAAUCCUGUUGUUGGUCAGUCCUGUGGUUGGUCAAUCAAGCAGUUGGUCAAUCCAGUGGUUGGUCAAUCCUGUGGCUGAUCAAUCCUGUGGCUGGUGAAGCUGAGAAGUGUCCGUGAACCAUGUUCACACAACCAAGUUGAACCCUGAAUUAUUAAGUAAAACAUUGAUCAUGUAUUUCCAUUUAAGACUUUACCUGGAGGUUUUAAUCUGAUUUUAAUGUGGUUUAAUCAAUGAAACAUUUGCAGCUAGUGCAGCUGCUGUUGUUGAUUUUGUGUCAUUACAAGACAGGAAGCAUUAAUUAUCAAAGCAGAAUGGGAAUGAAUUAAAUUUUAUUAAUCGUAGAAACAUUAAGAUAGUAUUGGCUGUAUACUUAAAUCAGUAGGACACUUACUAAAUGCUUGCAUGACCUCAUGGAUCUUGAUCAUCGGAACUUCAUUGCAUCAUUGUUGCUACAGAUCAUCGGUUUCACAGAACAUUUUACAUUUAGUAUGACCUGUAAGGAGGUACGGCCUUCUCUUACAUGUAUAAAAUACAUUAUCAAA